AUGGAUAAAACAUUAAUAAUCUUCUCUGUGGGUAAUCCAGGAGCGUCCAAUAGACACUCCACAGGCCAUUAUAUGCUCAAGAAAUUAGUAGACUAUUUUGAUGUUAAGCAGUUAACUAAGAAAUCGCCAAUGUACUCUGUAACAUCAAAUGCUGACAAUAGCUUGAUAUUGGCCAAAUCGAAUAUUUAUAUGAAUGAUUCAGGUAAAGCAUUUUCUAAGUUUAUAGAAGGUGAAAGAAUAAGAUUGAAUUCAUCAUGUAUUAUUCUUAUAUUAUAUGAUGAUUUUGAAAGUAAAUUAGGUACAAUCAAAUUAUUAAAUUUAAAGAGUAAAGAAUCUCAUAAUGGAUUGAAAAGUAUACGAAAUUCAGUCAAUGAUCCUGGAAUCAAUGAAGUAGUAUUCAAAUUGGCUAUAGGUAUAGGUCCAAAGCCCAAUAAUGCAUCCAAGCAAACUAUGGCUUCAUGGGUACUUUCAGAUUUUAAUUCCGAAGAACAUCGAGUGCUUGAGUCAGCCGCAUUCGAUGCUUUAACUACUUGUUUAGGAGAGAUUAUAGAAUUAAAUGGUGAAAUAAAUGAUUGUAAUAAAUUCAAUGCUCAUUUAACUAAAGUACUACGAGCAUCUGUAUGA